AUAACUUGCACAUUAAUGAUUUCCCUUGCGUAAAAAAAAAAAAAAAAAGAAAAAAAAAAGAAAGUCAAAGCGUGCGUGUGUGUGUGUGUGUGUGUGUGUGUGUGUGUGUGUGUGUGUGUUCGUGUGUUCUCGUCCGGUAGGCUGCGCUAUGCUCGCACCCGCAGGAGUCGCUCUCCCCCGCCUUGAGUGCGCGCGCUUCCCCGGUCCCACGCCGAGAGUGUGUGUGUGUGUGUAUGUAAGAACGCGCGUUUGUGAACGCCGGAGCACAUUGCUGUUGCAGGAGCUUCGGCGAGACGGUCGCUCUACCGAUGCGCGGUCGGAUACGGAACUUCUCAUGGAUACGGCAAAGUAGCGCGCCGGCGCCUGUCACUCAACGAGCGGAUUUAUUACUCUCGAGGAUAGGAUGGGUUUGGUGAUGGGAUGGCAGUGAGCAUGGCCCUUUGGGCAGGCAUAUGGGCCAUUCUCCUACAAUUGGCCCUCUUGCUGUUCUUCUCUCCACCUCCAGGCCACUGCCAAGGUGAAAGGUCCCACCUACAGUUUACUCAACCACUGUACCAUGCAUCAGUCUACGAGAACUCGGCCGCCCGCACCUAUGCUGCCAGCCAGGUGCGCAUGGGUAUCCCUCUCCAACAUCACUCAUGGGAGGUAAGGUACCGCAUCACCUCUGGGGACGAGGAAGGAUUCUUCAAGGCUGAGGAGUACACUCUGGGUGAUUUCUGCUUCCUGCGGAUAAGAACAAAAGGGGGGAAUGCUGCCAUCUUGAACCGUGAAGUUCAGGACAACUACAUGUUGACAGUGAAAGCUUCCAUUAGGGGGGAUACAUCAGAGGCCUGGACUAAAGUUAGUGUGCAGGUAUUGGAUAUGAAUGACCUUCGACCCCUUUUCUCCCCUACCACAUAUUCAGUUACCAUUGCGGAAAGCACACCCCUACGCACCAGCAUAGCUCAGGUCACUGCCACGGAUGCUGACAUAGGAUCAAAUGGAGAGUUCUAUUACUUUUUCAAGGAGCGGAUGGAGCUGUUCACUGUGCACCCAACUAGCGGAGUUGUUUCUCUCAGUGGGAAGCUGGAUGUUAACACUCAAAGUCGCUAUGAUCUUGAGAUCCAAGCUGUAGACCGGGGAAUGAAGCUCUAUGGGAAUAAUGGAGUAAGCAGUACAGCUAAACUUUUUGUUCAUGUAGAACGGAUUAACGAGCAUGUGCCCACUCUGAGUAUCGUUACAUUAGCACCUGUAUGGACUGAGAAAUCCCCAGUAGUAGCUGUGGUCACCGUAGAGGAUCUUGAUGAAGGGGCAAAUGGAGAAAUUGAAACAGUGAGCAUUGUGGCUGGGGACCUUCUUGAACUCUUCAGCAUCGAAAGGACAGAUGUGCCAAGUGAAAAACUGGUGGAUGAGGAAGUCACUCAGAAAGGAUCAAACGAGUUUGUCCUUCGUGCAACAGAGCAGUUAGACUGGGACAGUUAUCCAUUUGGAUUAAACCUCAGCUUGCAGGCUCGGGAUCGUGGAACACCUCAGAAGUUUUCUGCUGUGCACACGGUGCACUUACGACUGUCACGACCAGCCCAGGUGGAAGUCGCAUUUCAGAAGGACGAAUACGAGGUCCUGUUGAGUGAAGUUGCCCCUCCUGGAACUGUUGUGGAGGCUGUGAAACUCCAGCCAGAGCCAGAUGAUGCUGAGUACAUUCUGACUCCAUCUGCUGAUUCAGGGUUCUUCAGUAUCAACACCAUGACUGGCGUCAUCAGCACGGCACGUUGGCUCACCCAACUCACACAGGAAGUAUUUGAGCUAGAAGUCUUAGAAGUAGACAGUGACCUUAGGGUCAAGGUUAGAAUCAUUCUUGAGGAUGCCAAUGAUAAUGCACCAUCAUUUGCUCAGCAGUCUUAUGAGGUAUUUGUAAAUGAAAGUGUUGCGGUAGGCACCACUGUUGUUGUGGUGACUGCUUCUGAUGGUGACCAUGGGGAAAACGGGUACAUCACAUAUAGCAUGGCUAGCUUGACACAAUUACCUUUUAGUGUUCAGCAGUUCACCGGAGCAGUCACAACAACACAGGAGCUAGACUUUGAAUCAUCUGUAGAGAGAUUUAGUUUUGUGAUCCGUGCUUCUGACUGGGGUUCCCCUUAUAGGCGUGAGAGUGAAGUCAAUGUCACUGUGCACCUAGAGAAUGUUAACGAUAAUAAACCCCUAUUUGAGAAAGUGGCUUGUGUUGGUGUAAUCUCUCGAGACCUUCCGGUAGGUGAGGUUAUCGCCACAAUGUCAGCUAUAGACAUUGAUGAGCUAGAGCUAGUCAAAUACAAGAUCCUCUCAGGGAAUGAGCAAGGGUACUUUGACUUAAAUCCCGAUUCUGGUGUCAUGACUUUACAUCACUCCCUAAACACUGCAACACCCAAAAACUCAUUCAGUCUAAAAAUUACUGCUACAGAUGGGGAACACUUUUCCGAUCCCAUGUUUGUGAACAUAUCUGUAGUGCAAGGGAAGUCACCGCCCAAAAGCUUUAGUUGCACCGAAACCAGAGUAGCCCAACGUCUAGCUGAGAAACUUCUGAAGAAAGCCAAAGCUAGCAGUAAACCCAAAAUGGAGGAGGGCUUUAUAGACCUGUUCUCUGUGAACCGCCAAACGCCUCAAUAUGAUAAAUCCUUCCCAACUGACAUUACUGUGCGUGAGGAUGUACAAGUUGGCACGAGUGUGUUUCAGGUAAAAGCUUUCGAUGGAGAUACUGGGUUCAAUGGAUUACUCUUAUACGCCAUUGCUGAUGGCAACACAGACAGUUGUUUUACUAUUGGAAUUCUGAAUGGCGUAAUAAGCAUCUUCCUUCCUCUAGACCGUGAGAGGACAGAUCGCUAUCUUCUAAACAUAACGCUGUAUGAUUUAGGCCAACCACAAAGAUCAUCCUGGAGGCUUCUAACGGUUUACAUAGCAGAUGCAAAUGACAAUGCACCUCAGUUUCUUCAAGAUGGUGGCUACCAGGCCCGCAUUCCCGAAAACACCCCUAUUGGUACCGAAGUCAUCCAGGUGGAAGCUACUGAUAAAGAUCAAGGUCUCAAUGGCGAGAUCCGGUAUGCCCUACUCACCAGCACUUCACAGUUUGGCAUCAACAGCUCCAGUGGGAUUAUAUAUGUUGCAGGUCAGCUGGACCGUGAGUUUGUUCCGUUCUUCAUAUUAAAAGUGGAAGCGCGAGAUCGAGCAGAGCGAGUGGCUCAACAAUUUUCAGUAACAACUCUUAAAAUCUAUCUCGAGGAUGUUAAUGAUUGUCCACCAGCCUUUAUCCCAAGUGUUGUCAGCGCCCGUGCACUAGAAGACCUCCCAGUGGGCACUGUCAUUGCCUGGCUGGAUACACAAGACCCUGACCUGGGACUUGGAGGGCAGGUGCGAUACUCACUCGCUAACGACUACGAUGGCCAUUUUGAGGUCGACAAGAUUAGUGGUGCCAUUCGUCUCACCAAGGAGCUGGAUUACGAAACUCAACAGAUCUUCAACCUAACAGUUCGAGCGAAAGACAAAGGCCGACCGGUGUCUCUCCUGUCAGUUAGUUUUGUUGAACUGGAGGUGGUGGAUGUUAAUGAGAACCUGUACGCACCAUAUUUCUCGAACUUCGCCAUGAACGGAUCAGUAAAGGAAAGCGUUCGGAUCGGGACUUCUGUGCUCCAGGUGUCUGCAAGGGAUGAUGACACAGGAAGAGAUGGCGAGGUGCAGUACUCCAUACGUGAUGGCAGUGGUCUUGGGAGAUUCACCAUUGAUGAAGAAACAGGUGUCAUCUACACUGCAGAUCUGUUGGACCGAGAGACGCAGGACUCCUAUUGGCUGACAGUGUACGCUACUGAUCUGGGAGUGGUCCCGCAGUCAGCAGCACUACAAGUGUACAUACAGGUUGAGGAUGUUAACGAUAACGCCCCCCUCACAUCUGAGCCGAUGUAUCAUGCCACCAUUCCGGAAAAUUCCCCAAAGGACCAGUCCGUCAUUCAGGUCCAGGCGCAGGACCCUGACGCCACGGCAGCCGAGCCCCGCCUGUCAUUCCGUAUCUCCAGCGGCAACCCGCAGAACUUCUUCAGCAUCAACCCGCGCACCGGUCUGAUUACCACAACCUCUCGGAAACUGGAUCGUGAACAACAGGCUGAGCACGUACUGGAGGUGACUGUAUCAGAUGGCGGACCUUCUCCCAGACACACCACAGUAUGGGUGGUGAUCCAGGUGUUGGAUGUUAAUGAUAACAAACCAACAUUUCCAGAGAAGGUGUACCAGGUCCGUUUACCAGAGCGCACCCGUAAACAGCGAGGCGCUCCUAUAUAUCGAGUGUUUGCCUACGACCAAGACCAGGGCGCCAACGCUGAACUCUCCUACAGCAUCGUCGAUGGCAAUGAGGAUGGGAAGUUCAUAAUCGAUGCCAAAACCGGUGUGGUUUCAUCACCCAAGAAACAGUUCACAGCUGGAACCUAUGAUAUUCUUACCGUGAAGGCAGUGGAUAAUGGACGUCCUCAGCGCUGGGCGACGGCUCGUUUGCACAUCGAGUGGAUCCGCCGUCCUCCGGCCAGCCCCGUUCCUCUCGCCUUCGACGAGCAGCUUUACAAUUUCACCAUCAUGGAAACUGACAAAGUGGCAGAUAUUGUAGGCGUGGUGUCCGCCCAACAGCAAGGCUCCGCCUCAUUGUGGUUUGACAUCACAGGCGGUGAUGUGGACAGUACGUUUGACGUUGAGAAAGGAGUCGGCACUAUCGUCAUCGCUAAACCUCUGGACGCAGAGCAGCGAUCGUUCUACAAUCUCACUGUGGAGGUCACAGAUGGGACUAAUAUAGCAUACACUCAGGUCCACAUUACUGUUCUGGACAACAAUGACAACGCCCCCAUUUUUUCCCAGCCCACCUAUGACAUCACAAUCACCGAAGACACGCCCCCGGAUACUGAGGUGGUUCAGGUGUUGGCGUCUGACCGUGACGAGCGUCACCGUUUGACCUUUAGCCUUCAGAGCAGCGUUGACCCCAGCAGCAUGCGGCUCUUUCGCAUCGACCCUAACAAUGGAGUCAUCUACACGGCUCGCAGACUGGACCACGAGAGCCGAACUCAGCACAUCCUCACAAUCAUGGUGAAGGAUCAAGAGUUCCCGUACAGACGUAGCCUUGCUCGUGUCCUGAUUGGUGUAGAGGAUGUGAAUGACCACGCCCCUAUUUUCACCAUGGUGAUGUAUGAUGGACAGGUGUAUGAAUCAGCAGCACUGGGAUCAGCUGUUCUCACAGUGACUGCACUCGAUAAGGACAAGGGCCAAAAUGCACAAAUCAGUUACAGCAUUGACUCAGGAAACACAGGAAACACUUUCCGGAUUGAUCCUGUUUUAGGCAUCAUCUCACUGGCUAGGGAGCUGGACCUUUCCAACAUCGGUCACUACGUCUUGUCUGUUAAAGCAACAGAUAACGGUUCUCCAGCAUUGUCUUCAACAGCUGUAGUCCGGAUUGCGGUCACCUUGUCCAAUAACGCUGGUCCCAAGUUUCCCCAAAGUGAAUAUCAGGCAGAUAUAUCAGAAGGUGUCGCCAUUGGAACUUCAGUCAUCACAGUGAAUGCUCUAAGUCUGUCUACCCUUACCUAUGACAUUCGCCAAGGCAAUGGUCAUCGGACAUUCCGCAUCAACCAGUACAGUGGAGUGAUCACUACGCAGAAAACAUUAGACUUUGAAACUGUUCCCUCCUACAUGUUAAUAGUCACUGCAAGCAACAUGGCUGGACAGGCCUCAAAUGCUACAAUAACCAUUACAGUUAUCGACCAAAAUGACAAUGCCCCAGUAUUCGAACAGCUGCGGUACCAUGGAAGUAUCAGUGAAGGUGCCGGGCUUAACAGUGUUGUCCAAAGUGACAAUGGACAACCGCUAGUCAUACGAGCAAGUGAUGCUGACCGCAACCAUAAUGCCCUGUUGGUGUACCAGAUAAUGGAAGAAUCUGCCAGGCGCUUCUUUGCAGUAGAUGCCGGUACUGGCUCUAUAAGGACAAUUGGUCAGCUUGACCAUGAAACCACACCUACAUUCCGCUUCCAUGUUAAUGUCCGAGACAGUGGACAUCCACAACUUUCAGCUGAGCAUCCUGCAGAAGUUACUAUUGAGGUGCAAGAUGUCAACGACUGCCCGCCUAAGUUUUCUCAGGCGUCUUAUGAAGCUGUCCUUUUGCUUCCAACAUAUGAAGGUGUGGAAGCCCUACAAGUUUUUGCUACCGACCCCGAUAGCGAUGGCCAGUCAGAGCUCACUUACUCAUUGACCGAUGGCAGCAUAGAACAUUUCAGCAUUGAGCCAAGCACUGGACUGUUGACUGUAAGAAACAGUACUUUUAGCAAAGAACGAUUUCGAUUUAAUGUCCGUGUUUCAGAUGGACGCUUCUCCAGUACCGCUCUGGUAACUGUCCUGGUUCAUGAAGCUCUGGACAGUGGUCUGGCUUUUACUCUUAAUACCUACAACGCCAACAUUGAGGAGAACAAUGGUAACAUAACAACAGUUGCUGUCGUUACAGCACUAGGGAACAAGUUGAAUGAACCCCUGCGUUAUACUUUGUUAAAUGCAGGUGGGAAAUUUCGUAUUAGGCCAACGUCCGGUGCCAUUGAAACUGUUGGAAUCCCUUUAGACAGGGAGGAGGAGGAGGAAUAUGGACUUUUGGUCCAAGCAGGCCGUGAGGAAGAUCGGCUCCGUGUUGCAAGAGCAUUGGUCCGAGUUCAAGUCACUGAUGUCAAUGACAAUUCUCCAGUUUUUGUUGGAUUGCCAUACUAUGCUGCUGUUCAAGUGGAAGCGGAGCCUGGGACAGCAAUAUUUCGAGUGACAGCAGUGGACCGGGACAAAGGACAAAAUGGAGAGGUGAACUACUUUCUGCAGGAUGAACUGGGGCAUUUUGAAAUAGACCGUUUGAGCGGCGAACUUCGCUUACGGAGAGCUUUCGAAGCUGAUCUCUCUAGUGUGGAAUAUCAGGUUCUGGUGUUUGCCCGUGACAUGGGAACACCACCUCUUUCCUCUUCAGUCACCUUUCCUGUCACAGUAGUAAACAGAGCAAUGCCAGUGUUCGACCGACCAUUCUACUCAGUGAAAGUGAGCGAAGAUGUACCAAUAUGGACUCCAAUUCUGGGAAUAAACGCCAGCAGCCCCGAUGGCCAGAGUGUCCUUUAUACAAUCACGCACGGUGACCCAGGAACACUCUUCUCCAUUGGAUUUGACACAGGUGUCAUCAGUGUCAUCGCUGCUCUCGACUAUGAGACUAGCCCUUCCCACAGACUCAUUGUCAGAGCAACGGACUGCCUCACAGGCGCUCGUGCAGAAGUGGAUGUUGAAGUUACUGUUUUGGAUGUCAAUGACAACCCUCCAGUCUUCGAGCAGCCCUCAUACAAAGCUGUAAUUUCUGAAUCUGCCAUGAUUGGGACUGCAGCUCUGCAAGUUCUUGCAACGGACAAUGACUCUGAGAAGAAUGCAGCCAUUCGGUACCAAAUCAUUCCAGACCGCACUAACAGCACCGACCACUUCCACAUAGACAGCAGCAGUGGUCUAAUUUUGACAGCUCGCUCCUUGGACCAUGAGUCCAUCCAGCGCUAUGUGUUUCUUGUCAAGGCAGCAGAUAAUGGCUUUCCUCCACUGAGCAGUGAAGUGUGGGUCACAGUCGAUGUCAUGGACACAAAUGACAAUGCUCCUGUAUUUAACCAACUGCUCUAUGAAGCCUCUAUCAAUGAGUUGGCACCAAAAGGCCACUUUGUUACAUGCAUCCAGGCCUCUGAUGCAGACCGUUCAGACACAGAACGCUUGCAGUAUGGCCUGGUGUCUGGAAAUGAAAAGAUGCUGUUUGAGCUUGAUGCUGCCUCCGGUGUCCUCACUCUGAGUGGCCAGCGACGCAUGCAGCGCAUGCCUUCCACCAUCACCCUAAAUGUAAGCGUUUCCGAUGGAGUGUUUACUAGUACGGCACAAGUGCACAUUCGGGUAGAGCGAGCUAAUCUACACGCCCCCCAGUUCACCCAGGGCAUGUACGAGGCUGAUGUACGGGAGAAUGCACUAGUGGGAUCAAAGGUCAUUGCAAUCAGGGCACAAGACGCUGAUCCUGGACCUUUUGGGGAUGUGAGUUAUGUGCUGCUCUCAGAUUCCGCUCGGGACUUGUUCAGUAUUGAUGGCAGUGGACAAAUUACGAGUCUUGAACGUCUAGACCGGGAAGAACGAAGUGAGAUUGUGCUGUCCAUUGCAGCUGUGGAUGCUGGUGGCCGAUCUGGAUAUUGCAGUGUCCGGGUUACCAUACUAGACGAGAACGACAACGCUCCACAGUUUGGCGCCUCAGAGUACCAUGCAAGUGUGCGGUCCGAGGUUGAACCUGGUACCCUUGUGACGCAAGUACAAGCUUGGGAUCUAGAUCAAGGUGCCAAUGGACAGGUGAGCUACAGUCUGUACACUGAAGCCAGCCUGCAAGUUACUGAACUUCUGGAUAUCGACCCAGACAGUGGCUGGGUUGUCACCAAAGGCAAUUUCUCCCCUUUGCGUGGGUCUGUACUGUCCUUUUUCGUUAAAGCCUCUGAUGGUGGGGUACCUAUUAGGCAUUCCCUUGUGUCAGUCUACAUACAUGUUUUGUCUGCCAAUGCCCACAUACCUUCCUUCAGCCAGCCACAGUUCUCCUUUACUGUGCCAGAGGACAUGCCCAUUGGUUCCUUGUUGGGAGCAGUGCAUCUACACACCUCAACUAGCCACUCGUCCUUACCAGUAAGCUUCUCAAUGGUGAUCGGACAGACUCCAGAGAGUAACAGUGAUGGAGUGUUUGUGGUUGACAAAGAAACCGGCAUGAUCAAACUAGACAAAGCACUGGACCGAGAGUGGACACCAGCCUAUCAUUUCAAAGUUAUGGCAGUGUUGCAGCAGGGACGUUUGGACGCAGUUUCGGCUGUAGAUGUGGAGGUCAAAGUACAAGAUGUCAAUGAUAACAAACCUGCAUUUGAGUCAGAUAACUAUGAAGCAUCAGUCACUGAGGGUCUUUCUCCUGGGACUAGGAUUCUGCAAGUACGAGCUUUGGAUCCUGAUUGGGCAGCUAAUGGUCAGGUGACUUACAGUCUUGCUCCCCCUGGGUUGCUUGGUGGCUCUGGUGGUGAGGACAUUGAAGAACAUGGAGCCUACUUUACAAUUGACAGCAGCUCUGGUUGGAUAUCAACACUGAAAGGGCUGGACCAUGAGCAGAGCCCUGCCCAUAGUCUUACAGUCUGGGCAUUUGACCUUGGAGAUCCUGCCAGCCAGUCAUCCUCAACAACUAUAACUAUAGCAGUGAGCGACUCCAAUGACAACAUACCGCAGUUUCUUCAGCCACGUUACUACGGAAGUGUUCGUGAGAGUGAUGCACCUGGUGAAGUAGUGGCAGUAUUGAACACACGGGACAACGACAGCUCGCCUGGAAACCGACAAGUCACCUAUCAUAUUACAGGUGGCAACAGAGGAGGGGUGUUUGCUCUCGGCUUGGUUCAGGGAGAGUGGAAACUGUACGUUAAACGACCGUUAGACCGCGAGGAACAAGAACAGUACCUCAUCAAUGUCACGGCGACAGACGGACUCCAUGUUUCCACGGCAGCCGUAGAGGUCAUGGUCAUCGACACCAACGACAACAGCCCCGUCUGUGACCCGGCCGUGUACUCGGUGUCCGUGUCUGAAGACGUCACCAUAAAUAAGCAAAUCCUCCGGGUCAGAGCUACAGACGCUGACACGGGUGCAAACGCACAGAUCCAGUUCUCCCUGUUCGGUUCUGGAGCAGAAGACUUCAUCAUACACCCACACACAGGCGAGCUGAAGACCGCCGCGGCGCUGGACCGUGAAAAGGUGGCGCAGUACUCUCUUGUUGCCCGUGCGACGGACAGCGGUGGUUUGUGGUGCGAGGCUGAGGUUGUGGUGGUUCUCUUGGACGUGAAUGACAGUCCGCCGAUGUUUAGCAUGCCUCAUUACACCGCUAGCGUCUAUGAAAACACCGCCACUAAAGCUCUGCUGACCCGAAUACAAGCCAUAGACCCUGAUCUGGGUGUUAAUCGUAAAGUGGUCUAUUCCCUUGUUGAUUCGGCUGACGGGUUCUUCUCCAUUGAUAAAUCAUCUGGGAUUGUUGUUUUGGAGCGUCUGCUGGACCGCGAGGUUCAGUCUUCAUACCGUAUAACGGUCCGUGUGUCAGAUCAAGGCGUUCCCGUUCGCCUCUCUUCCCUUGCGAACUUAACGAUCACAGUUUUGGACAUUAAUGACAAUCCGCCCGUGUUUGAGAGGAGGGACUAUCUGGCCACGCUUCCUGAAGAUGUGGCAGUGGGUACAGAAGUGGUACAGGUUUAUGCUGCCAGUAAAGACAUUGGCACCAACGCUGAUAUUUACUACAACAUCCGAUCCGGAAACCAACAGGGCCAUUUCACCAUCAACAUCAACACAGGUGCCAUCUCUGUAUCUCGACCGCUGGACUUUGAGUCCUGCAAGGAUUAUUUCCUAACAGUGGAAGCAACUGAUGGCGGGACUCCGCCCCUUAGUGCUGUUACCAUGGUGAACAUCAACCUGACAGACGUCAAUGACAACGCCCCCAUGUUCAGCCGCGACGCCUACAGCGUGUCCAUCAGCGAGGACGCUAACAUAGGAGACACCGUGGUCAAGGUGACGGCGGAAGACGUCGACAGCCAAGCGAACAGCGACAUCCUGUAUUCCAUCGUCAGCGGCGACCGAGAGAACCAGUUCUUCAUCGAGCCAAUCACGGGCCAGAUCAAAGUCAACAAGCAGCUGGACCGAGAAACGAUGGCUGGUUACUCGUUGUCUGUCAGAGCGCUUGACAGCGGGACGCCUGCGAUGUCCUCAACCGUUCAGGUCAACAUCGACAUCUCUGACGUCAACGACAACCCGCCCACCUUCACUCCAGCCAACCACACUGCUGUAAUACAGGAAAACAAGCCUUUGGGAACAAGUGUCCUACAGCUGUCCGUCAUCGAUAAGGACGCCAGCCACAACGGCCCGCCUUUUCAUUUCCAGAUCCUAUCAGGAAAUGAGGGGGCGUGGUUUAAACUGGAUAGAGAGGGGCUGCUGACAUCUAAUAAGGUGUUUCGUAGGUCCGAGGGCACAGAUUAUGUCAUUCACGUACAGGCCAGUGAUUCGGGCAGGCCGCCCCUGUCGUCGAUGGCGAGCGUGUUGGUGCGUGUGAUAGAGGAGAGCGUGCACAAGCCAGUCGCGUCACCUUUACACGUGCACAUCGUGACCAUGGAGGACGAGUUUCCAGGAGGUGUGAUCGGUCAGAUCCACGCCACAGACCAGGACGCCUUUGAUAUUCUCACCUACGGACACACACACCAGCAGAGCAGCCUGUUCAAGGUGAGUCCUCGAGACGGUCGCAUCAUCGCUCUGAGCGGCUUGGACGCGGGCCGCUACAGUCUCAACGCUACGGUAACAGACGGCCGCUUCACUGUGAACGUGCCCGUGAGCGUGCAUGUAGAGCAGGCCUCGGCCGAGAUGCUCCACGAGGCCGUGACCAUCCGUUUCGACCGGGUCUCCCCUCACGACUUCGUGUCCCGUCACCUCCCCUCGGUCAGACGCGUCCUGUCCAGUGUGAUGGCGACGCCGCGGGCCGACGCUCUGCACGUGCUCAGUGUGCAGCCGGUGGAGUCCACGGGACAGCUGGAUCUGCUGGUGGCGGUGGAGACGGUGGACGGCGGUGGGUUCUACAAGGCAGCGCUGGUGACACAGAAGCUGAGCUCGGCGCGCAGACAGCUGGACCAGGUUCUGAGAGUCUCAGCGGUUCUGGAUAAGAACUGCUCGGGUCUGGACUGCAGAGAGGCUCAGUGUGAACAAACCAUCACGCUGGACUCACACAGUCUGCUCACAUACAGCUCCACCAAAACCAGCUUCGUGUCGCCCAAGUUCCACAGGAACACGCGAUGCGUGUGCAGCGACGGGAGUUGUUCUGCUGCGUCGGAGGUGUGUGUGGAAAUGAGAUGUCCCGGUGACAUGCAGUGUGUGGGAACGGACAGCAGCAGGGGGCCGUACGCGUGCCAGUGUCCCCCGGGCAAACUGGGAGAGUGUGCAGGACACACCUCUCUGAGCUUCUCUGGGAACAGUUAUAUCAAGUACAGAGUGACGGAUGGAGAGAGGAGCGGAGAGAUGAAGUUAGCGCUCCGCAUCAGAACGCUGCAGAGCAAGGGAAUCAUUAUGUACACGCGUGCAGAUCCGUGCAGCGUGCUGAAGAUCGAAGAGGGAAAGCUGUGGUUCCAGCUGGAUUGUGGCAACAGUCCCAGGAGCAUGGGGAUCUCCGGCCGUCCGGUCAACGACGGGAGCUGGCAUCACGUUAUCCUGGAGCUGCGAGGAAACUACAGCAGUCUUUCUCUAGACGACAUGUACGUGGAGCGGCGUCUGGCCACGACCAAACACCGACCACUGGGAGCAGAUUUGUCCAUUUAUUUCGGAGCGCAGGUGUCACCCCCGGACGGCCGUAGCUUGACGGAAAGAAAGGGUCCGCGGGUCACCAACGGCUUUCAGGGCUGUUUAGACUCCGUGGUUCUGAACGACAACGAGCUCCCGCUGCAGAACAAGCGCAGCCCGUACGCAGAGGUGGUGGGUCUGACGGAUCUCAAGCUGGGAUGUGUUCUCUAUCCGGACGCGUGUGCCGCUCAGCCCUGCCUCAACAGCGCCACCUGCGUCAGCCUGCCGUCUGGAGGUUAUUCGUGCAGUUGCAGCGCUCCGUACACCGGAGGACGCUGUGAGACCGAGAUCAGCGUCUGUACACCGAGCCCGUGUCAGAACGGAGGUGUGUGUAAACCCAUCGGGAACGCCUUCAUCUGCAGCUGCAAGAGAGGAUACACCGGCGGGACCUGUGAAGAGGACGUGAACGAGUGUGAACGCGAGCUGUGUGAGAACGGCGGUGUGUGCGUCAACACUUUCGGCUCCUUCUACUGUAACUGCACGCCAGGUUUCGUGGGCAGCGCUUGCUCUGUUCGUCCUGUGCUUGUUCCGGAUAUGCAGGCUGGCCACGCCUACGUCGGGAAGGAGGAGCUUAUCGGCAUCGCCGUGGUGCUCUUCCUCAUCCUCAUCCUCAUCCUACUAUUCAUCGCCUUUCGGAAAAAGGUCUUCCAGAAGAGCUAUUCCCGGAAUAACCUUUCCAUGGUUCAGGAUCCGGCUACGGCCGCCCUGCUGCACAAAGCCAACGGUGGCCACUAUCCGCCGCUACGCUGCGCCAUCGGAGAGCCAAUCAGCUUGUACAUGGAAGGAAGUCUGUCUGGCCCUCCUCAGGUUCCCGUCCGGCCAAUGGCGUACACGCCGUGUUUUCCCGGAGACGCUCGGGGGACCCUGGAGAAACGGCAAGGGGACAGCCGAGGCCCGGAGCUGACGGAAAUGAGCACGUUCCAUCCGUCAGACUCGCCGCGGAUUCUGGGCGGGACCAACAGGAGGGGCGUGGUCGUGUGCAGCGUGGCGCCAAAUUUGCCACCGGUUUCACCGUGCCGGUCUGACUGUGAUUCCCUACGGAAGAGUCCCUGGGAAGAGGAUGGGAAAGUGGAUUUGCUGGAAGAGGUCACAUGUUUCUCUGGCAGUAACAAGGGCAGCAACUCGGAGGUCCAGUCACUGAGCUCCUUUCAGUCGGAUUCCUGUGAUGAUAACGCUUCCAUAGUGACGGUAAUUCGGCUGGUCAAUGAUGCAGUCGACACGAUUGAGAAUGAAGUGUCCGUUAUGGAUCAAGGUCAAAACUUCAACAGAGCAUACCACUGGGACACUUCUGAUUGGCUGCCGAGCACACGCUUACCAGACAUCGAGGAAGUCCCCACCUAUGAGACGGGUGGUGGUGUGGCCUUAGAAUCUGACUAUUACCUUGGCGGAUUCGAUAUCGAUAGCGACUACCCGCCUCCUCAGGAGGAGGAGUUUAUGUCCCAGGACCAGCUGCCUCCGCCCCUUCCCACUGAGGAAUACGACACCUCACCCGCCAAUCAACCCGUUUCCAGGGAGAGCACUCUGAGCGGGGACCGCAAGCCCCGCCCACACUUUCACCCCAGCCAAUACCUGCCUCCGCAUCAGCUGCCACUCGGCUCUGCGGGGGAGGAGUUUAGCACUUUUACAAGCAGGGAGGAGCGUCUGUCCGUCAAUGCCUCCUCUGCCUCCGACGUAUCCUCUGUGCCCUGCGGGUUUGAAGACUCUGAGACGGGAGGAAGCUUGGAUAGUUUGGAGGACACGCACAUGCACCCACAUACACAGCAGACUGAGGUCUGACA